AGGUCCCUCCCAGCUCUAUUCUGAUAGAAACGGCUGUCCCACCUCUCGCCUCCUGUCAUCCCUCAACAUCUGCAGCUUUCCUUCCUCCAACCCACCCACUUCACCGGUCCCUCCUUCGGGCAUCGCCUGCAGGAUCCGCUAGGUGGCGCGACUUCGCAAACAACUUCCUCGGCUCCUUCCGGCUGCAAAUGCACGAGAGAACGUUUGCCCAGGGAACCAUCUUGCAGGAGUCGAAUCCUUAGAGGGACCUGGAAUCAAGGCUGCAGCGGCGGCGGUCCUCGCAAGACAGGGAGCCCCGCGUGGGAGGCUGAGUAUCCCCUGCUAGGAAGCCCCGGCGGCGCCUUCAUUGGCUGCGAGGAGCCUCGUCAAGAUCCUUCUUCCAAAUUGGAGGAGGGGAAGCGUGGAGCUUGGACCCCCAUUCAAGGUUUGCCCCCGUUCCUUUGCUUUUUCCUUUGGCAAGCAGCUGGUUUAAGAUGGACAGCCAUUGCCUGCAGAUUUACCAUAGGGCUGGUGGAAGGUGGGGAGUGGGACGGGUGGACGCUGCUGUUGCUGCUGUUUUUAUUCUGGAAACAUCAACAGGCAACGAUGGUUGGGAUGGGGGGCCAGGAGACGCAGGAGAGCGGAAUGGCGAAGCGGGACUCGGUUUGGGUCCGCUCCGCUGGAUUCUUUCCUUAGCAAUUCCUGCGCAAUUGCACAGCCCAGACGAACCUGCAAGGCUUACGAACCCCUUCCCUACUCGGCUCCUUGGUUAAAAUCUUCAGGUUGGUUAAAUGUCUAUGGAGAUUCUCAAUCCUCCAGGUCAUGGUUGUCCCAAACCUCUCCUGCGCGAGCUGCACUGGCUCCCAGUGGUCUUCCGGGUGCGCUUCAAGGUAUUGGUUCUCAUCUUUAAAGCGCUCCAUGGCUUAGGGCCCGGGUAUUUACGAGACCAUCUUCUGCCACCGAUAACCUCCUACCGGUCAAUCCGCUCCCACAGAGAGGGUCUCUUCAGGGUGCCGUCGGCCAAGCAAUGUCGACUGACGACCCCCAGGGGGAGAGCCUUCUCUGUGGGGGCACCCGCCCUCUGGAACGAGCUACCCCCAGGAAUACGACUGAUCUUGGACCUCCGUACUUUCCGUCGAGCUUUGAAGACCUUCCUAUUUCAGCAAGCCGGGCUGGCUUAAAAUUUUAAUGGGUUAUUUUAUGGGCAAAGGGUUUUAAAUUUUGGGAAGCCAAUUUGAUUUAAUUCUGUUUUAAUUUAUUUUAAUUUUUAUAUUGUAUGUAUUUUUUUUUAUUUUUUUUUAAUGUUUUAUUAUUAAGAAAUUAUAAUAAUACAAUUUUUGUCCAUCCGGUUACAUAAUAUGGAAAAAGAAAUAAAUACAAUUUACAUAUUGUACAUAUAUAGAUAAUCUUUGCAAACCAGUUACAUGGUAUAAAGAAUUGUGUUCUCAUAUCAUUCUUAGUGUAUAUAUAUAUAUAAUAGUCUUUAACGAUAAAUUAGUAAAUACAUAAGUCAUGUCUUUUGCUUACCCAUGUAACCUUUCCUUGCCUUAUUAUAUUUCCUACCAUCCACAGUACGUAUUUUAAUCUUGGCUGUUCACCGCCCUGAGUCCUUCGAGAGAAGGGCAGUAUACAAAUUUAAUAAACCUAAACCUAAACCUAAACCUAAAGUAGGUUUUUCAAGAGGCAAGUGGAAUUUCUUUCCUUCUUUCUUUCUUUCUUUCUUUCUUUCUUUCUUUCUUUCUUUCUUUCUUUCUUUCUUUCUUUCUUUCUUUCUUUCUUUCUUUCUUUCUUUCUUUCUUUCUUUCUGAAAACGUUUCGCUUCUCAUCCAAGAAGCUUCUUGGAAAGGUGUUUUUUUCAAGAGGCAACUGGACUUUCUGGUUUUUCUUUGGAGACAUUUCGUUUGUCAACUGAAGAAGGGUCUUGGAUGAGAAGCAAAACAUCUUCAGAGAAAAAACAGUUCCCUUUUGAAAAAGUUGGUUCUCUUCCAGCUCCUGAGCCAGCCUGUGACUGCUUCCUGUUUCGUUUCUAGAUGCUAGAGAACUUGCUGGUGCUCCUACUCAAAGAAUCCAUUUUGAAUGGAAUUUUUUAUUGGCCAAGCGUGAUUGGACACACAAAGACUUUGUCUCCAGUCCAUACAUAAAAGCAACAAGUGAUAAAUCAUGAUCAUCAUCAUAAGAUACAAUCAUUGUAAAUCAUAAGCUACAACACUCGGUGACAGUCAUAGGAUGCUAAAUAAAGGCAAACAACAUAAACCAUGAGAUGCAAACAACAAAGUUAUAGUCCUAUGGAACUAAGGAAACAGGUAAUAGGAAAGAUGAAAAAAUGAGAAGGAUAAUAGGUAACACAGCCCUACUAGGUGAUUUGACAUCCUAAGGUAUUGUGGGAAUUAGUUGUUUAGCAGAGUGAUGGCCUUGGGGGGGGGGCACUGUUUUUGUGUCCGGUUGUUUUGGUGUGCAAUGCCCAUCAUCUUGAAGGAUUUAUGUCCAGGAUGUGAGGGGUCUGUAGAUAUUUUCACAGCCCUCUUUCUGGCUCAUGCGGCAUACAGGUCCUCAAUGGAAGGCAGGCUGGUUGCAAUUGUUUUUUCUGCAGUCCUAACUAUCCAUUGAAGUCUGUGUCUGUCUUGUUUGGUUGCUGUGCCAAACCACAUACUUAUAGAGGUGCAAAUGACAGACUCAAUAAUUCAUUUGUAAAACUAUAUCAGCAGUUCCUUGGGCAGUCUGAGCUUUUGGAGUUGGUGCAGUAAGAACAUUCUUUAUUGUGCUUUUUUGAUGAUGUUUUUGAUGUUAGGUGCAGAGAGAGCUAAGUCAGUGAAAUACCUGCAAGCUCAGAGGAUCUUGGGUUGCGGAAAUCUCCCAAUUGCUUUCAGAGUGGCAGGGACCCCAAAGAACCUGAAGAUCGGUGACUUCAAUACAAAUAGUCCUUGACUUACAACCAGAAUUGAGCCCCAAAUUUUGGUUGCCAAGUGAAACAUAUGUUAAGUGAAUUUUACCCCAUCUUAUGACCAUUGGUACCAGCGUUGUUAAGUGGAUCACUGCGGUUAUUAAGCUAGUGACACAAUUGUUCAGCGAAUCUGGCUUCCCGAUUGACUUUGCUUGUUAAGAAAGUCACAAAAGAGGAUCACGUUACUCCAGGCCACUGCACCCAUCAUGCACCAUGAGUCAGUUGCUAAGCAUCUGAUUUUUGAUCACAAGACCAUGGGGAUACUGCACCGGUGAUAAGUGUGAAAAAUGGUCAUAAGUCACUUUUUUCAGUGCCGUUGUAAUUUUGAACAGUCACUAAAUGAACUGUUGUAAGUCGAGGACUACCUACAUGGAGACAAAUUCCUUUGAGAACAAGAGGAAGGGGAACUGCACCCCAGUAUUCAUUGCAGGGGUGAAAUGUAAAAAUGUUUGCUACUGGUUCUGUGGGCGUGGCUUGGUGGUCAUGUGACCGGGUAGGCGUGGCCAACCUGACAUCACUCACUGUUAGAACCAGGAGCUGUAUAUUUUAUUUUAUUUUAUUUUUAUUUUAUUUCGAAUUUAUAUACCACACCUUCUCCCGAGGGAUUCAGGGCGGUGUACAGCCAGAUAAAAACAUACAAUACAAACAUUAAAAACAAUUAAAAAGAUAUAUAUUAAUUUGGCCCCAAUUUAAAAUAACAAAUCAAUUAAAAAUAUUUAAAAAUAUAUUAAGCCACCCCGGCUUGCUGAAAAAAGAAAGUUUUAAGGGCACGGCGGAAGGCACCGAGGUCUUGGAUUCUCCUUAUCUCUGGGGGCAGCUGAUUCCAGAGGGUAGGUGCCCCCACAGAGAAGGCCCUCCCCCUGGGGGUCACCAGCCUACAUUGUUUGGCUGAUGGCACCCCGAGGAGGCCCUCUCUGUGGGAGCGCACAGGUCGGUCGGAGGUCAUCAUUUUGAAGCACAUUCUGCCCUUUCUGAAGCCCCCAACACUUUUGAGUUUCCCUCUGCCACCCAAGCGAACAUCAGAGCCUUCUCCUGCCCUGUUCUCAUCCCAGAGGGCCGCGCAUUCCCACCCACCCCCAUCCUCCAUACAAACCAGUGGUGAAAUCCAAAAAUUCCUUCCUCUUUCUUUCUUUUUCUUUCUCUCUCUCUCUCUUCCUCCCUCCCUCUCCUCCACUCCCCACCCUCCACACCCAGAGAAUUAACUGUACGGAAAUUUGGCCAUGUUCUUUCUGUCUCUGGAUACCAAAAUAAACCUUGCCUUGCAAAAGGAGUGACUGUCAGGCUGUUACAGUACAGCGCCAUAAGGAGCAGAUGGAGCUGAAUCUCUCUCUCUCUCUCUCUCCCCAACUACAGCAGGAAACGGCAGGCAGCUCUCUCUGUCUCUCAUCUCUCUCUCUCUCUCCCUUUUUCUCCCUUUCUCUCUCUCUCUCUCUCUCUCGUGUGUGUGUGUGUGUGCGCGCGUGCAUGCGUGUUCCCUCUUGAACCAUUUCCAAAAACAGGCGAGGGUUGAGUUUGUUUGGUUUUUUUCUGCUGAUGUUGUUCUUUCUUCUUUGGGUGCUUUUUACCAUAUGAUUUAAAUCAAGAGUCAUUUCAGGUUCCCAGAUAAAUGAAGCUCUUUCGUCCCCCUGCUGUGGUUCACCCCUGCCUGUAGUGUUAUUCUAAGUGGAUGCUUGUAUACUUCUUUUUUUUCUGACUUAAUUUCCCCUCCACCCCACUAUCCUUUAUGGAAACAGAUUCCCUUCCUUCCGCUGCGGGCAAAGUUUCCUGUUCUCUGGAGACUAAGACAGCCCAUCAUUUAAAGUGGUUCAAGUUGUAGUCUUUCUCCCAGAAAUGACCAUUGCUUUCUAAAUCUAACAGAGCCUUCAAUUUCAUCUCUGUGCAUUUCAGCACAGAGAAAAAUGGUGUCACAUGACAAAGCAGGGAAAGAAGAAAGGUCCCAUAUUGUCCUAGUUGGGACUAGUGGGAAAUUCCGGGAAAGAACCAAGCACAAAGCCCUGGAAGAAGGAACUACCAGUUGGGAGGUACAACAUCUCCAUUUCAGAGAGUUUUGCUACCAGGAGGCUGAGGGGCCCAGAGAAGUUUGCAGCCGACUUCACCACCUUUAUUGUCAAUGGCUGAAACCGGAGAAGCACACAAAAGCUCAGAUGCUGGACCUGGUGGUUCUUGAGCAGUUCCUGGCCAUCCUAUCCCCAGAAAUUGAGAGCUGGGUUCGGGAGUGUGGAGCAGAGACUUGUUCUCAGGCGGUGGCCCUUGCAGAAGGUUUCCUCCUGAGCCAGGCAGAGGAAAAAAAGCAGAGAGAAUUGCAGAUUCAAGGGGCUUACAGGGAGAUGGCUGCUGAACCCUCCAAAAGGGUGGAUUCAUCACGCCCCCUUAAGGAACCUGUUGGGGUGAUAUUCCAGGAGACUCCAUCUCAGAGCAUAUCAGCAGAGAACAAAGCAACAUUGAUGGUAUCUUUAGAAACAUCUCUUCUUUAUGGUGGAGCAGGAACAGCUGUUGGGCUUCAAACUCAGAAUCCCAUAUCUUUUGAAGAGGUAGCUGUAUUUUUCUCUAAGGAAGAGUGGGCUCUGCUGGACUUGGAUCAAAGAACCCUCUACAGAGAGAUCAUGAUGGAAAUUUCUGAGAACCUAGCCUCCAUAACUGCUACCUGCAGAUCCAGAGACAGCUGUGGAAGAAAGAGGACUCCAAGGCUGGGUGAUGGACAGGAGAAUGAGGAUUAUAAAAAACAAGCUGUGGAGAUUUCCAGAAAAACCAAAAUAAAAACUGGGAAAAGGAAAUUUGGAAAACAGCAGGGACCAGAAAUAAGAGAAGAAAGCCAGUUCAGCAAUUGGAUGGAGAAAUCCCCUACUUCUCAAAGUGCAGAAAUCCACAUCUUUCUGGCCCAAGAUGAGAAAGAAAAAACUUGUACAAAGUGUGGCAAAAUAUUCAGAGAUAAAUCAGAUUUGUGUGAAUAUUGUAAAAUCCAAAAUAAAGAGAAGCAUUAUGAAUGUACAGAAUAUGGGGAAAGUUGCGACUGGAGCUUUCCUCAUAAAUUACCUCAAAAUAUCCAUAUUGGAGAAAAACCUUAUAACUGCACCGAGUGUGGAAAAAGCUUUCGGUGGAAUUGUUGCCUUACUUCACAUAAGAGGAUCCAUUCAGGAGAAAAACCAUAUAAAUGCUUGGAAUGUGGAAAAAGCUAUAGUGGUUUGAGUCCAUUUACUUUCCAUAAAAGGAUUCACUCAGGAGAGAAACCAUAUAAAUGCCUGGACUGUGGAAAGAGCUUCAGAAUGAGCAGUAAUCUUACAUCCCACAAGAGGACCCAUACCGGAGAGAAACCAUAUAAAUGUAUGGAAUGUGGAAAGAACUUCAGUAAGAGUGGUCAUCUUAGCUCUCAUAAAAGGAUCCACACAGGAGAGAAACCCUAUAAAUGUCUGGAAUGUGGGAAAAGCCUUAGUGACCUGAGUUCCUUUAAAUCCCAUAAAAGAAUCCACUCAGGGGAAAAACCGUAUAAAUGUAUGGUAUGUGGAAAGAGCUUUUGCGCAAGUAGCUCUCUUACUUCCCAUAAAAGGAUCCACACAGGAGAGAAACCAUACAAAUGCUUAGAGUGUGGAAAGAACUUCAGUCAGAGUAGUUCGAUGAAUUCUCAUAAAAGGAUCCAUAUGGGGGAAAAUCCAUAUAAAUGUAUGGAAUGUGGAAAGAUCUUCACUAAGAGUGGUCACCUUACCUCUCAUAAAAGGGUCCACACAGGAGAGAAACCCUACAAAUGUCUGGAAUGUGAGAAAAGCUUUAGUAGCCUGAGUUCCUUUAAUUCCCAUAAAAGAAUCCACUCAGGGGAAAAACCAUAUAAAUGUAUGGUAUGUGGGAAGAGCUUUCGCACGAGUAGCUCUCUUACUUCCCAUAAAAGGAUCCACACAGGAGAGAAACCAUACAAAUGCUUAGAAUGUGGAAAGAACUUCAGUCAGAAGAGUUCGCUGAAUUCUCAUAAAAGGAUCCAUACGGGGGAAAAACCAUAUAAAUGUGUGGAAUGUGGAAAGAGCUUCAGUAUGAGCAGAAACCUUACUUCCCAUAAAAGGAUCCACUCAGAAAAACUGUACAAAUGCUUAGAGUGUGGAAAGAAUUUCAGGUGGAGCAGCCGUUUGAUUUUCCAUAAGCAGAUCCACUCGGGGGAAAAACUGUAUCAGUGUCUAGAAUGUGGAAAAAGGUUCAAUGGCUUGAGUUCCUUUAAUUCCCAUGAAAGGAUUCAUACAGGAAAGAAACCAUAUAAAUGCACUGAAUGUGGUAUAUGCCUGGAAUGUGGAAAAAGUUUCAGUAUGAGUAGUAAUUUUACUUCCCAUAAAAGAAUCCAAGGGGAGAAACCUUACAAAUGCCUGGUUUGUGGGAAGAGUGAUAAUCUUACUUCUCAUAAAAAGGCAGACAUGGGAUAGUCUCUGUAGGUGCUUAUAUACUGAGGAAUAAACUUCACCCACAGCAAUCAUUUUAUUUAAAAUUCCCCGCAGUGUGUAUAUGGACUAUGGAUUGAGCUUCAGCAGCUUCCUUUUCUUAAAAAACACUCAGUCUGAAGGCACUAUACAAAUAUCUGAAGUAUGUGGGGAAAAAUACCAGCAUGAUUACCUUCGUUUGUAUACACUGAAACACUUAGAACUGCCCCUUAUUGGAUAGGGCCCAAUGCUCAAGUCGAUCUUCCAAAAUAUUAGCAAUUUUCCCCAGCUUGAUGUCAUAUGCAAAUGUGAUACAUUUCUCUUCUGAACUCUCUUCUAGCUCAUUUACACAGAUGUUGAAGAAUAUUGGGCUCAAGACAGAACGAUGAGAUGCCCAACUACAUGAUCCUGUUGGAUUAUAUACAGUAGGCAAGAGCUUAUUGAUGGAUUGUUGUGAAAUAAUGUAUUUUGGAUCAUAAUGAAUUAUAAGUAAUUGAGAAACAAUAAAGGUUAUUUCCAUUUCUCUUGGGAAGUAUAGCACCCACCUACUUAUCAGUCUAGGAAUUAAUAGAUUUUUAAGAGGCAAAGUAUCAUAAUGGAGGAAUCCUAAUCUGAAAAUAGCAAGUUAAUUCUUAUGUUUGAAACCUUGAAUUGGAUCUGCUUCAUAAUGAUCCCCAUUAUUUGUCUAAGCAUUUUUUCAUCCAGUGGAGGAUUCCAAAAAUUUGGUUUGAAUAUACCAGUUUUGCUUCUAAAUUUUCAUUCUUAUUUUCAUAAGUUCAUUGUGUUAAAUGUUAAUAAUUUGUGUGAUAUAAACACAUAGUAAGAGUUGUGAUUAGUACAUGGUACAAAGUAUGCUUUUGUGUUUUCUUUAUUUUAAAUAGAAAAAAUAUAGAAAUAAAUAUGUACUUUUUCUAAAUAUUUUAUAAAAUGAUUAACGUAUAUAAUGUAUAUGUAUGUGUUUAUGUAUAUAUGUGUGUGUAUGUAUGUAUGUGUACAGGGGUGGAAUUCAAAAAUUUUAGCAACCGGUUAUCUGCCCCGUUGCUGGGUGGGCGUGGCCAUGGUGGGUGUGGCCUACUCAGCAUCCAGCAUAAUGGCAGGGAGCAUUUUUGCCCUCCCCAAGCUCUGGAGGCUUUCCUUGAGCCUCUGGGAGGGUGAAAACGGCCUCCCACAGGCUACUUCCGGAACUUCUGGGAGGCCCGUUUUUUGCCCUACCCAGGCUCUGGAGGCUGGAGGCCCUCUGGAGGCCUGAAAUGGGCCCGUUUCCAGACUUCCGGAACUUCUGGGAGACCCAUUUUUCACCCUCCCAGAGUCUCCGUGCAGGCGCUGCAUUUACCUGGCAUCCAAAACAGGCUGCGUGGCGACUCCUGGAAGGGGAGGGAUGGGAUGGGAGGGGCCAGCCAGUCCUUGCAACUACUGGUUCGGCGAACCAGAUGUAAAAUUAGCAUCCGGUUCACCCGAACCAGUCCGAACCAUUUGAAUCCCACCCCGUAUGUGUAUGUACAGUAUAUGUAUUGAAACACACGAACCUGGACACUGCAACCAUCAUAAAUGUGAGUCAGUUGUCAAGCAUCUGAAUAUAAAUCAUGUGACCGUGGGGAUGUUUCAAUGGCCAUAAGUGUGAAAAAUGGUCAUAAGUCACUUGUUUCGGAGCCGUUGUAACUUCGGUCACUGAAUGAACUGUUGUAAGUUGAGGACUAUCUGUAGUCUGUUAGUGUUAUGGGAAGAUUUGAAUCUUUUAAGUAUUGUAUGUAAUCAAACUUCUCCAAGGACUGUUUCUUUUCCAGGGAAGUUUGGCAUUUAAAAAAAACAACAUACACUUAAGACACAUUCCUUUGAAUCCUGCUGUUGGAGUAAACUCCUUAGGAUGCCACAGAAUUCUUCUCUUUUGUAGAUGCAUGCAAUGUCACAACACCAAUAAAAAAGAGUUGCACUUUG